UGUGAUGACGUUUUCCGCAACAAGGUGGGCUGGGAUUUGUUGCCGAGUAUACACUGAAACAUUUUACACAAAAUCCUGCCGCCAACUUUGGAGUGCGUAAUAUUGCCAUUACAUCCAUGUGUAUCUCAAGACAGAUGAGCAGAAAAUAGUCACAUUAUGUAAUUUAAAUUUGUGUUUAAUAUGCCGUCGACAGCAGCUCUUCCUAUGUUGUUUCUUCCAGGCAUCAAUGAUCAAUCAAGUGAAUGACUUCAGUUCCCUUUGAAGGCUUUUGCUUUCUCGAUUCAUGAGCACUGCAACAGGACAAGAGGAUUUUAAGUCUUUAAUACUGUAUGUGUUGUUAUCAGUUAUGCCAAGCACAGAUGGACGUACAAAACUGCAUCUUAUAUACAUGUAAAUCACUAUGAUACCCAUAGCCAAGUCAAAGGUGACUUUGUCAGGAACUGUGUGAUAGAUUUGGGCAUGGGAGCCAGGAUGUCAUGUGUAAAGAAAGACAAAAAUAUCAAAAACACCAACAAAGUUAGCAUAGAGCCGAAUGGUGGGAUUUACCAUGAAAAACAGAUAAAGGAGAUGUGUGCACUGCAUGCAUUGAAUAACUUGUUCCAAGAUAAAAAGGCUUUUACAAAGCAGUCUCUGGAUGAUAUUUGUACCAGGCUCUCCCCAGGGUAUUUCUUGAAUCCUCACAAGAGUGUGCUUGGCUUUGGCAACUAUGAUGUAAAUGUAAUCAUGGCAGCUAUACAAACCAAGAACUGUGAAACCAUAUGGUUUGAUAAGAGGAAAGAUAUAGGCAGUUUAAACUUUGACAAAAUAUUAGGGUUUAUUCUGAACAUCCCAACAGACUACAAAUGGGGGUUUCUCAGACUCCCCAUCCACAGAAAACACUGGAUAAGUAUGAGAAAAAUUGGUGAGGUAUAUUACAAUUUGGAUUCCAAGCUUGAUGCCCCAGAGGUUAUUGGAACCUCGCUGGAUUUACAGACUUACCUGAAGGAACAGAUGGAGAGUAAAGAUAAAGAACUACUACUAGUUGUUACCAGUGAUGUUGACAGGGAAGAAAGUUGGAGAAUGCCAGAAAUACCAAAGGGACAAGAAAAAUCAGAGGAAAUGAAUGCAAAUGACACUGAUGCAAAUUCAAACAGGGAGAAAUGUACAGUUGGAAGUGGUGAUGAGAGUCAGUGUACUGAUAUUGUGACUCAGCAGGGAGAUAAAGGUGAUGUGUUGAAUGAUCAAAGUACUGUGAAUGAAAAUGGUGUUCUUUUUAAAUAUGUCUGAUUGUUUUGCUUGAUCUUCACAAAAGAAGAACCACCCAUUUUCAACAUCAUCAUCAUCACCACUAUGAUAGUCAUGGUAAUGUUUUUUUUUAAUUGGGGGGGGGGGGUAAUUUUUUAUAUAUAUAUAGUCACAUUCAAAACAGGUCUUACUUAACUCUGAAAUAGUCCUAUGUUAGCAUGCCAAGGAUGUACACAUUUAGAAAGUUUGAAACCACUGGAAACACCAGUAGACUAUUUCCUGUCCAAGUUAAACGUGCUGAUUGCAGUUAGUUUAUAUAGUAAAUGUGUUAGUGAAUGGGAACUGUGCAAUGUUAGCUGUCAUUGGUAAGCAUUUUGUAUGUUUGCAGCCAAAGUCAGUUGUCACAAUCAGCUGUCAACAGAGAGCUGACAUAUUUAAAUGCAUGCACAUCUUGAUUAAUUUAGUGAAAAACACAGUUAUGAAAUUACAAUAUACCUCUUUAUCAAAGUUAAUAUCUAUGAAAUUUAUUAAACAACAUUGCUACAAAAAUCUGGCAAAAAAUUGUCUGAUGCCUCAGACAUACACUAAAAGUUCUGAUAAUGAAUGUUUGUUACUGUGCUGAUGUUUAUAUAUAAGAAAUGUGCACUUAUUACAAUGUAUUAUUCAUGAUAAAACAACAACCAAAUACUUUUUAACUGUGUCAGUAAAAAUUUCUUUUAAAAAAUGGUAGCUUUUUGUAAACUUUUAACAGGAAAAUGUCAAAUACAUUGUAUCCAUUAGUUUUACUUAGUGAACAUAAUGAAAUACCUUUUAUUUGAGGACUCAUGUGUAUGUAGUAGCUGAAGCUUAAUUUUAUGUAUAUUUGUCAGCCACUGCAUAUAAUAUAUGUAUUUAUUAAUGCAACAAAGUAUUUUUACAAUUAUAAUAAAAAUAAUAUGUUUAAGCAUUAGGGAAAGUGGCACAUGCCAUAUACUUGCAAUGCAUCAAGUUCAGAUACAUGUAUAAACUGAUGUUUGUAUCACAGUGUAAUCAGUCUCUGUGUAGUUAUGUACUUACGCUUAUUAAUACAAAAUUAGUAAUAUUUACUGGCAAUAUGUUCCUAAGUAUUUUAUAUGAGCAGUACAUGUAUGCUAGCUGCAUAUGGUUACAUUUUCAGUACAGCUUAGAAAUGGCAAAUUGUCUCAUUUCUCUGUGAUACACAAACCAAACAAAUAAAAAUUUUUGAAAGUGCU